AUGCAGUCUCGAGCGGAUUCGAGCUAUAAAAUGCUAAGCGAUAUAUCGACGAGACGUCGAGUGUUGGAAACAUUCCUGACAGAAGUUGGAGCAGAAGCGCUCUGACGUCAGUGCACGGUCGAGCCAGAAAAUGUUGCGUUCAAUCGUAUUAAAUCGUGCCACCCAACAGGGCCUUGCAGCCUUCGUACGUCAAAAUACUUUGACCCAAGCAUCAUUUGCACCAGCAGCAACACAAAUUAGAUCAGCGCAAACUGCGGCAGAGAAAGUUGAAGAUUCAGGAUCAGCUUUAACAACCAGCAAAGCUAGUGUAAAAGCAUACAGCCCGUUCCAGGAGACGAGUAACUGGGCAGAAUAUGCUUUGGCUCGUUUGGAUGAUCUAUUGAAUUGGGGACGUAAGGGUUCGAUAUGGCCGCUUACUUUUGGUUUGGCUUGUUGCGCUGUCGAAAUGAUGCACAUCGCUGCCCCUCGCUAUGACAUGGACAGAUUCGGAGUAGUAUUCAGAGCCUCGCCAAGACAGGCUGAUGUUAUAAUUGUAGCAGGAACAGUAACAAAUAAAAUGGCACCGGCGUUGAGAAAAGUUUACGACCAAAUGUUAGAACCUCGAUGGGUUAUAUCCAUGGGUAGCUGUGCCAACGGAGGUGGAUAUUAUCACUACAGUUACGCGGUAGUGAGAGGUUGCGACAGAAUAAUUCCAGUUGACAUAUACGUACCUGGAUGUCCCCCAACAGCAGAGGCUUUGUUAUAUGGCAUUCUGCAACUACAGAAGAAAGUAAAGCGUAUGAAGACUCUGCAAGUCUGGUACAGGAAGUAAAUUUAUGUAAAUCAGAUGAUAAUGCAUAGUAAAAAAUGUACUGUAAAUAAAUUAUUAUGAAAUAAAGUGAAAACAAGAUUGAACUGUAA